CAGUGAUAAACUCAUCCAAUAAUCCAUAUCCUCCUCAUCAUCCAGGUCACCGUCCGAAGAUGAUUGUAUAUCCCCUGCUGGAAUCGCGCUGAAGUCCCUACAAUCUUACAUAUGUCUCCAGCAAAGCUACUGAACUUUCCUGAAGAUAUUCUUAUCUACAUUUUCACUUUUCUUAAUUUACGUGACAUCUUAUACAUUCGACAAACCUGCAGGCGCUUGAACGACACAGCCAACUUGAAAAUCGUCUGGCUUCAUACUUGGGAAACUCACAUAUUACACAAAUGGUACCCUUUCCCUGCGAUUAGCUCGGAAUUAAUUGAAAAGAACAGUCGAGAAAUAUGCAAGAGUGACAAGGGUCGCACGAGCAUACAAAACAUGUCGCGCGCAGAGCUCGAACAGCGCACACGACACGCCUAUCGAUUGGUCUUUGAACUUAGCUAGAUACAGUUGUAGAUUGUGUGAGCCGCGGGCUCGAAGGAAUAUAUAUAUACAUGCUACUAUGUGCAGUGAGCGAUGAGACUAGAGGGAUUGGGGAAGAGGGCCGAAGGUCCUCAGGUCCCAA